UUUCUUCCCUUUUGCAGGAAGUUUGUGUUUUUCAACAUACCUCAGAUCCAGUACAAAAACCCCUGGGUGCAGAUCAUGAUGUUUAAGAACAUGACGCCUUCACCCUUCCUGCGAUUCUACUUGGAUACGGGGGAGCAGGUCCUGGUGGACGUGGAGACCAAGAGCAAUAAGGAGAUCGUGGAGCACAUCAGGAAAAUCCUGGGGAAGAAUGAGGAGACCCUCCACAGAGAGGAGCUGGAGAAAAAGCGACUGUCUCACCCAGGCAACUUUGGCCCCCGAAAGUACUGCCUGCGGGAGUGCAUGUGCGAGGUGGAGGGGCAGGUGCCCUGCCCGGGACGGCUGCCGUUACCCAAGGAGAUGACAGGGAAGUACCAAGCCUCACUGAAGGCCAGUGCCCAGGACUAA